GUCACCAACCAACUCCACACUAUAAGAAGGGUUUAUCACAUAAUUAUUUGGAUAUAAGCUCUGUAUUUCUAUUUUCUCUCUCUAAAAUCUGUUAGUAAAAGGGUUUGUGAUUUGUAUGGCAGCAGCUAAUUUGCAUAAUCGGAAACUGGCGAGUUUUGGAAAGCGAUUUGUAAGCCAGAUCGUUCCGCGUGAUUCUACUCUACUCCCAACCACUUUUCUCUCUUUCAGGAGGGUGCACGUUUCAGUUUAUGACAAGAACCCAGAGGAGCAUGUCCGCCCUACUGUGGUACCAGACGAUGUAAUCGCAUCCCACUCUGACAAAUACUGGGCUCCUAACCCGCAGACUGGCGUGUUUGGCCCAGAAACUGAUCACAAACCAACUGCAGGCACUGCUGCAAUUGGAAGUAUCGGUGAAGAUUCGGUCUUGGAACAGAAGGCCUUUUUCCGUCCUCUUGAGGUCGAGGAUUUGGAGAAACCACCCCAUCCUUGAGUUAUCCUAUUAUAAAUAAGUUCAUUGUGGAGGCUAUAUUCGUGAGCUAGCACACAUACAUAUAUAGCUAUAUGUAGUACAGUGGAAUAAUACUGCUUUGAUGUCUAUAAUCUUGUGAGUAGCUAGCUGGAACUUGCUUUUAACCAAAGCUGUUACUACUUAGUAGUUGUGUACUUAUGGCUGGAUGUUAUAUCAGUGUUAUGCUUUGUGAAAGAAUUUGUUUACUUUUAUUUGUCA